AUUAAAUCAAUGUUGCUGUAAUUAAUUAAUUUAUUAAUUCUUGAAAAUAUGAUACAUAUUUUAAAAUUUAUUGUGUUUACAUUCGUGUUUACAAAUGUUUUACACGCAAAACCAACUUUGUUCGCUGAUCAACCGACAUGUUUAAAUACUUGUCACAGUGUGAAGGAAGGUGUAAUCAAUGUACAUAUAGUUCCACAUUCUCAUGAUGAUGUUGGUUGGUUAAAAACUGUGGAUCAAUAUUAUUAUGGCACACGUACUGAUAUCCAAAGAGCUACUGUUCAAUAUAUUCUAGAUUCGGUAACUCGUGAGUUGUCAGCAAACAAGGAUCGAAAGUUCAUUCAAGUUGAAACUGCAUUUUUCUGGAAGUGGUGGGUAGAGCAAAAUGAAGAAACCCGUGACCUAGUUAAACAAUUGGUUAAUACCAAUCAACUUGAAAUUACUGGCGGAGCUUGGAGUAUGAACGAUGAAGCCGCUACACAUUAUCAUUCAAUAAUUGACAAUUUCGCAUGGGGACUUCGACGCAUAAAUGACACAUUUGGUGUAUGUGGUCGUCCUAAAGUAGGAUGGCAAAUUGAUCCAUUUGGCCACAGUCGUGAAAUGGCUUCAAUUUUCGCACAAAUAGGUUUUGAUGGAGUCUUUUUUGCGCGGUUGGAUCAUGCAGACAGAGACAAAAGAAAGAAUGAUAAGACUUUAGAAAUGAUUUGGCGGGGAAGUGCUAGUUUAGGUGAAGAAUCUGAUUUAUUUACGGGUGCUUUUACGGGUCAUUAUAGUCCUCCUGGAGGUUUUAAUUGGGAUGUGAAUGGUGGUGACGAUCCAAUUAUUGAUGAUAAAAAUAGUCCAGAUUAUAAUGUUCCAGAUAGGAUACGAGCAUUUGUUGAACAUUGCCAAGGUGAAGCGAAGUAUUUUAAAACUAAUAAUAUAUUGAUAAAAAUGGGUGAUGAUUUUCAAUACUCAGCAGCUCAUUGGUGGUACAAAAAUAUAGAUAAAUUGAUACAUUACGUAAAUGAACUUUAUGGAGAUAAAAUUAAUGCUUUUUAUUCAACACCUGCUUGUUAUUUGCAAAGAGUUCAUGAUGCAAACGAAACAUGGUCUACGAAAACGGAUGACUUUUUCCCAUAUUCAAGUGGAGAUCACUCUUAUUGGACAGGAUAUUUCUCUUCUAGACCAACAACAAAAUUUCUGGAACGAGAAGGAAAUAAUAAUCUUCAAGUUUGUAAACAAUUAGCGGCAACUACCGAUUCAGCUUCUGAUUCUGAUGAAAAUUUAAUAGCGUUAAGAGAGGUUAUGGGUGUAUUUCAACAUCACGACGCUAUCACUGGAACUGAAAAACAGCAUGUGACAAAGGAUUACGUGAGACAAUUAUCUAAAGCCAUUAACCAAUGUGAACAAAUUAUUUCUAAAAGUUUGAAUAAAUUAUUGAUCUCGAAGGAGUCCACAACUGCAUCAAAUUUGGAAUUAAAACAAUGUCCAUUGAACAUUAGUGUUUGUGAUGUUACGGAAACUUCUAGAAAAUUCGUAACUGUAAUUUAUAAUCCAAGUAGUCAUCCGGCUGACAAAUAUGUUCGUUUGCCAGUCACUGGAGAAUCUUAUAGUGUUAAAGACAAUGAAGGAAACAUAGUCGAAAAUCAAAUUAUUCCAAUAUCAGAAGGAGUAUUAAAUCUUCCUGGUCGUGUAAGUGAAGCAAAACAAGAAUUAAUCUUCCUUGCAUCCAAAAUUCCCCCACUUGGUCACAAAGUUUAUCAAAUUACAAAGGAAAGUUCUAAAAAAUCCUCUCACUUGAGUCAGAAAAUCGUUGAAAACAGAAUUGGUAAUGACCAUUUGGAAAUUUAUGUAGAUGAAGAUGACAAUCAAAGAUUACACUUCAAGGCAGAAAAUUUAAAUUUUAGUCAACAGCUAUUAUUUUAUGAAGGUGCUUACCAACCAAAUGGUCCGAAUCCCUCAGGGGCAUAUGUCUUUCGACCAGAAUCUAAUACACCUACACCAUUUGAAGUGACUAGCAGCCAAACAUACAAAGGACCACUUGUAGAAGAAAUUCAUCAAAAAGUUGGCGAAUGGGCUUAUUCUGACGUGCGAAUCUACAAGAAUUUGAACUAUAUCGAAUUUGAUUGGAUUGUUGGACCCAUUCCAAUUGAUGAUGGCAAAGGGAAAGAAGUUAUCAAUCGAUUCCAGACAGAUCUUAAGACAAACAAAACCUUCUACACAGAUUCUAAUGGCCGUGAACUAUUACGCCGUGUAAAGGACCAUCGUGAUACAUGGGAACUAAAUGUAGAUGAACCAGUUUCCGCUAAUUAUUAUCCAAUAACAUCACGGAUUGUCUUAACUGAAAAUAAUACUAGAUUUGCAGUAUUGACUGAUCGCGCUCAAGGUGGAUCCAGUUUAGAAGAUGGUCAAGUUGAAUUAAUGGUCCAUCGCCGUUUAUUGCAUGAUGAUUAUUUUGGCGUGGGUGAAGCAUUAAAUGAGACUGAAUUUGAAACCAAAACAGGGCAAAAUGGACUGGUAGUUAAAGGAACUCAUUAUAUAUUUAGCAGUAGUAAUACUUCACCAUCGGCUGCUUUCGAAGAACGCCAAAUUGCAUCUCAAAAGAUUUUAGCACCGUUAAUAUUUGUAGCCAAUACCGAAAAUAUUAAAUCCUUAGAUUUGAACUCACUCAAUUCCGUGGAAUUAUCAGGAAUUAAUGACCCUGAAUCAUUUCCCUCAAAUGUACAAAUAUUAACUUUGGAACCAUGGAAAGAUGGAACAAUACUAUUACGUUUAGAGCAUAUUUUAGAAAAAACUGACGAUCCAAAUUUAUCUCAAUCAGCUUGCGUUAACAUUGAGAACUUAUUCAAGCAAUUCCAAGUUCAAAACUUAAAGGAAACUACUUUGGAUGCAAAUCAGUGGAUUGAAGACAAAAAACGAUUAAAAUGGAAAACACAGGGUUUCAUUUCUAGUGGUGAAACUAAAACUUCAAUCUCCCAAAACUACAAAUGUUCAGAGAAUGGAAAUAAUAAAUUUGAUAUUGUAUUAAAUGCAAUGCAAAUUCGAACAUUUGUUUUAGAUGUAAAAAGAACUUUCUAUUAA